CUCAGGGCUGGAGUCAAGUUACGCGCUUCACUUCAACACGCGUCAAGUGUCUCACCAGGCGUCACAGCAGCGCACUGAUUUACACGCAUCGACCGACAGAUUAAAACGCGUUUCUCGAUCGCUCUGUCUGUUAUUCACAUUCACAGCUCGGGUCAGGACGCUUUCAAGGAGUUCCGGAGGACACUCAACAUGCUGGGGAGAAAGAAGAAACCAGCGACCGAAACUGAUCGCAAAGUACACGACCCGAAAGCCCACGAUCCGCUGCGCAGGCUCGGUGUGUUGGACGAUGAAGAUGUGUGUGUGAUGCUGAAGGGAUCAAAGAUGGUGAAGGUUCGAUCUCUGCGUUGGCGGAAGGACAGGAGACUGAAGCUUUUGGACGACUGUGUGACGGUGUGGUGCGAGUCCAGCAAAUCUUCCCGCAAGAGAGAGCAGACAUUCUCAGUGACGGAGGUGGAGUGUGUGCGUGAGGGCUGUCAGUCAGAAUGUCUGCGGCGGUUGGCCGGUCUGGUCCCUGAGAGCCACUGCUUUACUGUGGUGUUCCGCGGAGCCAGGAAAAGUCUGGAUCUGUGCUGCCCCACGCAAGAGGAAGCCCAGCACUGGGUCCGAGGCAUCCGCCUGCUCAAAGGCCGCGUGGCCAACAUGAGCCAGAAAGAUAAGCUGGACCAUUGGAUUCGAGGCUAUCUGAGACGUGCAGAUCAGAACAAGGAUGGCAAGAUGACCUACGAUGAAGUGAAACACCUGCUACAGCUGAUCAACAUCGAUCUGAAUGAACUGUACGCACGCACACUUUUUAAGAAGUGUGACCGGUCCUGUGAUGGACGGCUGGAUCACGUGGAGAUUGAGGAAUUCUGCCGGGAGCUGAUGCGCAGGCCGGAGCUGGAUGCGGUGUUCCGACACUAUUCCAGUAACGGAUGUGUGCUCACCACCAUGGAGCUGCGGGACUUUCUGGGUGAUCAGGGCGAGGACGCGUCGCUGGCACACGCUCAGAAUCUCAUCCUCACAUAUGAGCUCAAUCACUGGGCCCAGAAGAAUCUGUUCAUGACUCAGAACGGUUUCACCAUGUACAUGCUGUCGAAUGAGAAUGAUGUGUUCAACCCUGAUCAUGCUCGUGUGUAUCAGGACAUGAGCAGACCAUUGGCUCACUACUUUAUCUCUUCAUCUCAUAAUACCUACCUCACCAAAGACCAGGUGACCAGCACCAGCAGCACAGAGCCUUAUAUCAGGGCUUUGAAUCAAGGCUGUCGCUGUGUUGAGCUGGACUGCUGGGACGGCGAUAAAGGAGAACCCAUGAUCUUCCACGGGCACACGCUGACCUCUAAAGUCCUGUUUAAAGAAGUAAUUGAGACCAUUGCACAGUAUGCCUUCAAGACGUCUCCAUAUCCUCUGAUUUUGUCCAUCGAGAAUCACUGCUCAGUGGAACAACAGGUGGUCAUGGCAAACCAUCUUCAAUCCAUUUUGGGCAAAAAGCUCCUUAAACAGCCACUCAAUGAUCAACUCAAAGAUCUGCCUUCACCUGAGGAGAUGAUGGGGCGGAUCCUGAUAAAAGGAAAGAAGUUGAGUGGUCAGCUGGGGAAGACUGACAGCUAUACUAGCUUCACAUCUAGCUCAGAUGAAGAAUCAGCUUCUGGAGGGGGCGCGGACAAGGGCUCUAGCAAAAAGGACCCUGGCAAGCCUGUGAGCUCUAAACUGAGUCCUGAGCUGUCAGAUUUGGUGGUGUACUGUCAAAGUGUGCCAUUCCAAGGUUUCGAGGCAGCCAAUCAGAAACCUCCUAGUAUGAUGUCAUCUUUCUCUGAGAACGAGGCUCUCAAACUUAUCAAAGACUCAGGAAAGCUGUUUAUUCGACACAACAGUGUUCAGUUGAGCAGGGUUUAUCCAUCAGGUCAAAGGUUACAGUCCUCCAACUACGACCCACAGGACAUGUGGAACGGAGGCUGUCAGAUGGUGGCUCUGAAUUUCCAGACACCAGGAGAGCAGAUGGAUCUAAACCAGGGACGCUUUCUACCCAACGGUCGCUGUGGUUACGUACUGAAAUCUGACUUCAUGUGUCACCCAAAAUCUAACUUUGACCCUGAGAAAACAGGUGGAGGGCCAGGACAUAUACCCACCCAACUUACAAUACGAGUGAUUUCAGCUCAGCAGCUUCCCAAGAUUGACAUCGACAAACCCAACUCCAUUGUUGACCCUCAGGUCUGGGUGGAGAUCCACGGAGUUUCAAUUGAUAAGGCUCGUGCCAAAACUCAGCGCAUUGAUAACAAUGGUUUCAACCCACGCUGGAACUGUACUCUGAGCUUUCAAUUGCAGGUGCCUGAACUGGCGUUGGUGCGUUUUGUGGUGGAAGAUCACGAUCACACAGCGAAGAACGAUUUCAUUGGCCAGUUCACUUUGCCCUUCACCAGCUUUAGAACAGGUUACCGUCAUAUACAUCUUCUAAAAGCAGAUGGAUCCAGUUUGUCUCCUGCCACACUUUUCAUUCAUGUCAAGGUGGUACGGCGAGGAGUUCCUAUUAAAACGGUGUCUGAGCGUGUGGGCAAGGCCUGAAGUUCUUUUAUCAUGAUCCUUAUGAAGGCUUAUUUCUGGAUGAACCCUACUGAUGGGAAAGUCCAUUACCUGGUGCUCUUGAAAUAACAGAGCUACCUACCUGUGAAAGCACCUGACUGAACGAGUCACCGUGGAUUCACAAGAAAAGUCAGUGUUUGUUUAUGAAACCUGACUUGUUAUGGACUGGUUAGUGGAGUCUUAAGCGUUAUGAAGACAGUAUUUUUUAAUCUACAAGUCAGUAUUGUUUUUAUUUGACUCUUUGAAUGGGGUAAAGAUUUUUAUAGUCUCUGUGAGCCUUGAAAUAAGGAAUGUGAACAUGUUUUGUUAAUGUAAGUAAAUGCAGGGUCUCCAGUAGAAUUUAUGGGGCUUGGGACAAAAUUAUUGAUGUGCUGACCUUCGGGUGCCAAGAAGAUAAGAAUGUGAUGUUGGAAAACAUCUUGAUAGCCUACUGUAAAAUAAGAGUCAUGUUUCCAAGAAGUUGUGACUAAGAAAAGUUUGCGUUUAUCGAUGUUCAAUUUAAUCAAAACCAUAAAAUCAAUUUUAAUUGUAGAAUAAUAUAUCCGAAUAAUACUUUUAACAAGUAACACUAUUAAUGAUAUUAGUAAUUAGAAUAGGCUGACCAGACGUUUACUGGGGACAUCCAGGGGAGUCCCUGCGGAACUAGUCUCUAAACUUAUCGCCGCUUUCUUUGGCAAGGCUCGCCCAAGAGGCCAUAUGACUGACAGUUAAAGCAACCAAUCACUUAUUGCCGUUUUCUUAGGCAAGGCCCGCCCAAAAGGCCAUAUGACUGACAGUUAAAGCAACCAAUCACUUAUCGCCGUUUUCUUAGGCAAGGCCCGCCCAAAAGGCCAUAUGACUGACAGAUGAAGCAGCCAAUCACAUUUCGUUUUGUGCCCCGUCAUGUUUAGAGGAGUGUAAAUGUCCCCGCAGUAUCAGUGCGGUGUUAAUUCACAAACGUGUAAUUUAAUAGCAACCAUAUGAUAUUAAGUUUAUGCCGCGAACCACACAUACAUUUAAGAAUUAAGCGUUUAGUCAAUCGUGAUGAAUUACCUCUAUGUCAGACGAUUUCGUGCUGUUUGCAGGCGUACCGUUAAAGAACGCGACACACACAGGAAAUCUUGUGAUAUUCAACCAAUCAGAUGGAGACUUCGAACGUGCUGAAGUGUUUAAAGACGUGCAUCAGACGUUAAGGUCCGUGGGCGUGACGUCUGAGGCUGAGACUACUUUGUAACUGUACCAUUUUACAGCAGUUUUAUCAGUUGUCACUGUUGGUUUAGUCCUAAAUUAGGAUAAUCUGGAGAUUCUAUUAGAAAAAGAUCACUGAAUAGUUUAUAUUACUGUGAAUGUUUCAAUUACUCCCUUUGUUCAUAGUUAUAUUAUAUAUACUAAUUAUUUAAUACAAACAAUGCUAAAAGCAGUGUUGUUUCUCAUGCGUUCUCAUAUUUAUUUUGUUUCAUUUUUGUAAUGUGUUUUGUAAAGUCAUUUCUAGAUAGUGUUUUGAAUAGCGUUGAUCGGUUUGCUAUUUCCAAUGGGUUCUAUACAAUAUUUCAAAAUGUGUGGUGCAUUGUAUUAAAAUCAGUCAAGGUGAGUUUGACCUGAAAACAUCAUUAUAAUUAUGAAUUAUUAUACAAUGGUAAUCAAUAAAAAGAAUAACUACAAUUAUAUUUUUCUGCUCCCAGAAAAAUAAUUUCUUUCCACCCUCACCUCCACCCCAGCAUCAAGGGCUCUGAUGUAGUACAUAGUGAAUGUAAUGGUAUUUGUAGUCAUGUUAACUCGUUGAUUUAUUUAAAUGUAUCAGGUUAUGAAAGGAAAAGAAAAAUGUAAAAGAAAUAAAAGAACAUCUAAGGAAAAAAGAGUUGGAGAAGCAUGUUUAGAAGACUGAUUCCAUUUAAGUGUUGCAUUUGUAAACAUUUCCAUUUACUACCAUCCAUAUAACAAUAAAAUACAACCUGCGUGUAAAUAAAAUACAAUCAUAAAAACUG